CCUUUCCCCCAACCCGUCUUGUUUUGGAGAGACAGAUUAGAGGGAUGUGAGCGGCCUCCUGUACACGUGAGUCUCAUGUGACUUGAGUUUUUUUUACUGUAAGAGGAAAGACGUGCCUGGAGUCACACGGUUGAACACGUAGCCCUGAACACCCACACGUUCAUUAAAGGCAGGCUAGUGUGGUGCAGUAAACUCCGGCUGAUCACAGUCAGCAGGAUACACUGAAAGAGAGAGAGCUGGGCAGACAGACAGACAAGCCAGACAGAUAGGGAGAAGGAAAGCCCCAGUCAGCCAGCAAUCACUACACAAAGCAGCGAAAUUACUGAAAUGGACAGGAUCACCGCUGGCCAGCCACCUCCUUGCCUGCCGAAAAUCCCAACUUUUGAAAACAACGAGAUGCAAGGAAUGGAAUUCUCUCACAUGUUUGUUUAUAAAGCCAAGAGGGGAUUAAAGAGAGGUGACGACAGCAAGGAAACGUAUAAAUUACCACACCGGCUGAUCGAAAAGAAAAGACGUGAUAGGAUUAAUGAAUGCAUAGCACAGUUAAAGGACAUGCUGCCUGAACAUCUCAAACUGACGACUUUGGGACAUUUGGAAAAGGCUGUGGUACUUGAGCUAACCUUGAAACACGUGAAGGCAUUGACUGGCCUCAUUGAACAGCAACAACAGAAAAUAUUAGCCCUGCAGAAUGGUUUGCAAAUCGGUGAACAAACAGCUAAGGCGACUGAGUCAAGCCAUGAAAUGUUUCAGUCUGGCUUCCAGAUGUGUGCCAAAGAGGUGCUGCAAUUCCUGGCAAAGCAUGAAAACCUGAGAGAGGUGAAGCCUGCGCAUUUGAUCAAUCAUCUUCAGAAGAUGGGGGCAGACAUCCAUACUGGGGGAUGCAUUAACGGGAUAGGGCAGACCUCGACACGGUUCCCAGAAGGAGACUUCAGGCCCAAGCCCUUGAGUGAGGCUGAAGGACCUGGCAAAAACUGUGUGCCUGUAAUCCAGAGGACUUGUCCGGCCAGUGGUGAGCAGAGCGGCAGUGAUACCGACACCGACAGCGGGUACGGCGGCGAGCCUGACAAAAGUGACUCCAAGCACGACCUGGAGAGCCCCAGGGGAGAGAACGAGCUGAAACACCCUUUGGCAGAAAGAAUCAUCUCCAUUAAACAAGAAUAUGAGGAGCCCCCAGUCAAGAAAGCUCGAAUGGAGCUGUCUGAGGAAGACACCCAGAUCACUAAUGGAGACCUGGCUGUGGGCAGCUUCCUAGGGCAUCACGCACCUCCUCUGUGUGUGCCUUUCUAUCUGCUGCCUCCGUCUGCAGCUGCUGCAUACAUGCCCAUGCUGGAGAAAUGUUGGUACCCAACCUCAAUGCCAGUCUUGUAUCCUGGGAUACCAACAUCAGCUGCACUGACUGGCCUGAUGAGCCCAGAUAAACUCUCCCCUCUCUUGAUCCCUCAUCGGGGAACUUCACCGGUCUGUGGAUCUCCCACAAUGGACACGUCUGCUCUGAUCCAAGCCCUGAAACAAGUCCCACCCUUGAGUGUAGAAACCAAAGACUGAUUUAUUUUCCUAAGAGGAUCUUUGAUCUUGCGUGUUUACAUGAAAACAAAAUCUCAAUUUAAAACUAGUUUGGAAAUGGCAUAAUCCCAGGAUUGCUAGUGUUUACAGUUAGAAUUGAUGCCAUUUUCCAACGGUUGUACCCUAAGCUAGUGUAAACAGUUUGAAAUGGCUGUCGAGACCAUAAUCAUUCACAGUUGUAGGAAAGGGCAGCAGAUUGCUUCAGAUGUGAAGCCUUUUGCAUAAAAUGGCUUAAAGUGCAAUGGAUUUUUUUUUAAAAAGAGCAUUUUAUCUUAACCGUUCUUAUUUUCCAGCUAAAAAAUCUCCAAAGUUUUCAUAUAGUUUCAGAAGUGUAAAUGCACUGUCUGUGAAAUGAAUGUAAAUGGUGAAAUUAUAGAUGCUGCUUAAGCUUUCUGCUGUAAUAAUAGCCAAGGAACUGACUUGUGCCCUUCCUAAAGCACUGAUAUGCUGCUAAAAGACCCCACCCAGUCUAAAAGCACCAAAUAUUAAAUGUAACUGCUUCUGUAUAUACCUGUGUUUUUGCAGGAUUGAUAAGUCAGUAGUAACUAUCCUUACAGGCUCUUAAAGGGGAUGUUGAGUGGUAAUGGUGACCAUGCGUAUGAGCGAGUGAUGUAUGAAAUGCUACUUUAAAUAUGUCAGCAUGUUGUUUUGAGGGAAAUGAGAACUUGCUGUAAAUUUUUGUGUUAAGUGAGAAUGAUGAACAGGUCAAAGUUUAGAGAAUGCCAAAGUCACUACUGGAUAGCCUCUUUAACGCACAAUGCUUCAACAACUUGUGAUUUAAAAAUGAUGAACUUUCUUUUUGCCAUUUGUAAAAGAUGUUGCCUUUCGGGUUCUGACAUCUGGUAAAGGUCUGCUGGUUAACCCUUCUAUUUGUGUAAAUACUGGAAUGCAGAAAAUAUGAGAAGGUUGAAUGUAAUGUUUUGAAAAAAAAAAGAUGAAGAUUAGUUUUGUAUAGGGAGAGGUAAACAGACUAUUUUUGGAAACUUACAGCAAGAUGGACUAUUGUACAUAUUUUGUUUAUACAUAAAUGUUACUAUUCGUUUAAAAAAUGAUUAAUAAAAUAUUUUUCCUGUG